AGGCCAAAAAAAAAAGGAACGGACGGAGCAUACGCAUAAUCGCUGCGGUUUGUCUGUUACGUCUACUUGAAGCUUUUUAGCUCCAAUCCUCGUCGUCUUCUUCUCCCAUAUGCUCUGCAUAUUUUUUGUUGUUUGCAUCACUCUGUUCUAGAUUUUUUAAAACAAUAAUAUAGUAUUUAUAUGUAUAAAUACUAAUACUAGCUUAGUGUUCUACAAUCCAUUGGUGAUUUUUCUGCCAACGUAAAGUGCAGGCAUUUUUUCUUCUUGGUCUCUUUACUUUCAAGUUUCCCGCUUUGUAACUUGGAAAAACUGAAAAAGAGGAAAAAGAAGAAAAAAGUGAAAGUUAAAGAAGAUGAACACCAGACUUCGACCCGCUUUUCAGUCUAUUAAAGCUCCUUUAAACGAUGACACAAGUAAUAAUAAAAAUGAGGAGAUGGAGACUCAGGGGAGUAGAGCACUUGGAACCGGCAAAACUAUGUCAAGUCGGCGUCGAUCAAACAGCGCAAGGAAAAUCGCGUUACUACAAGAUGUUGAUAAGCUAAAGAGGAAGCUUAGACAGGAGGAGAAUGUGCAUAAAGCGCUAGAAAGAGCCUUCAACAGACCUUUAGGAGCUCUGCCCCGGCUUCCACCUUGCCUACCUCCCUGUACACUAGAGUUGCUUGCUGAAGUAGCUGUGUUAGAAGAGGAGGUUGUUAGGCUUGAGGAGCAAGUAGUGAAUUUUAGGCAAGGACUGUAUCAGGAGGCUGUAUAUAUAUCUUCCAAGAGGAAUGUGGAUAACGCCGAUGAUUUGGUGGAGGGAUCCUCCAGUAGAAGUUUUAAACACCAAAGAUCAAAAUCCUUAUCUUAUAAUGAGAUCAAUUCAGUGACAACCAUUAGCAGGGUUCAACCAUCCCUUGCCAGAAGUGCAUCAAGCAGGAAGCUAUUGCCUCCAGACACCAUCCAUGAUCGAGCUGGUCAUGGUAUUAUUAGGGCAAUAAAUAGAAGACAAGCUUCCAGUAAACCCAACUCCUCUUCAAUUGUUACACUGGAUGGGAGAGAAAAAGAAAAUCAAGUACUCUCGAGAGCUGGGAAGGAUAAACAAUCACUUGAAAAGAAAAUCCUGAAAGUAGUUACUCCAAUAAAGAUUCUUACAAUCAACCAGGACUCAGCGGACAAGUGUUCAGAUCCUAUAAAACUACAGCAAGACUCUAGAUUACUAGGUCAAGAAAGCCCUUCUUGUUCUUCAGAUGAUAGAGUCCUGGAAACUGACAGUUCACCGAACAAAGUAGCAGAGGAUACUAUAAGGUGCUUGUCUAGCAUUUUCUUAAGGAUGAGCACAUUGAAAGACAAAGCAGUGGGAACUGUCCUUCCUCCUUCAUCAUUUACUUCUCAUGAAGGCAACAUAGAAAGUGAAAUCCGAGACCCUUAUGGUAUCUGCUCAGAAGUGAAACCUAGAGAUAUUGGCCCUUAUAAACAUCUCUGUGCAGUUCAAGUUAGCACAGUCGAUACCAAUCAAACAACAAAUGCUCUGUUUCUGAUUCAAAGACUAAAGUUCGUACUUGGGAAGCUUGCCACAGUAAAUUUAGAGGGUCUAACCCAUCAGCAGAAGCUUGCUUUCUGGAUAAACACUUACAAUUCCUGCAUGAUGAAUGCAAUUUUGGAGCAUGGGAUUCCUGAGACUCCGGAAGCAGUCGUAGCUCUAAUGCAAAAGGCAACAAUAGUUGUGGGUGGACAUCUGCUAAAUGCAAUUACAAUUGAACAUUUCAUACUGAGGCUACCCUACCAUUUGAAAUUUACUUGUCCUAAAGCUACAACAAGUGAUGAGAUGAAAGCCCGCAUCAAAUUUGGAUUGGAGUGGUCCGAACCCUUGGUUACAUUUGCCCUAGCAUGUGGAAGUUGGUCCUCCCCUGCUGUGAGGGUAUACAGUGCAUCUCACGUUGAAAAUGAACUGGAACGAGCAAAGAGAGACUACUUACAGGCUGCAGUAGGAAUUUCAAGAACAAACAAGUUGAUAAUUCCAAAGUUGCUUGAUUGGUAUCUACUUGAUUUUGCAAAGGACUUAGAAUCCCUGCUGGACUGGGUUUCCCUGCAGCUUCCAAAUGAACUCAGGAAUGAAGCAGUUAAGUGCUUAGAGAGGAAGGGGAAAUUGUCCAUUUCAGAGUUGGUGCAAGUAAUGCCAUACGAUUUCAGUUUCAGAUUGCUGUUUCAAAGAUGAUAAUUCUAUAUUAUUUCUUGCUCUGAUCCUUGGUUUUGCAUAGGUUGGACUUGAGGAAGUGAUGGGUCUUUACUCUCUAUGUUGAUGAUAGAUAUACCAGAAGUAGCCAAGUAAAAAUGUAUAUGUAGCAAUGUGUAACAACUCAUAGAAAAUAGUGAAUUUUCUUACAA